CUUUGACUCAUCAAAUUCUCUCAAUGUGUAAGCCUAAAUAUAGUCAUGUGUGAUCUUGUUUGAUUUGUCUUAACAUAUAGAUUAUUAAUAUAUAAUUUCUAUAAUUUUUUAAUAUACAAAUUACAAGAUAAAAUGGAUUAAAGAAGUGUAUUGGAUGGUGUGCAAAAAUGAAAGUGGACAAAUAUAGUGGGACGGAUGAAUCAUAAAACUUUUAUUUUUAUACUCCCUCCGUCCCAAAAAGAUUUACACGUUUCAAAAAAAUUGCGUCUCACAAUACCUUACCCAUUUCUAUUAAAAAACCACUUUUACCCCUUACUUUUUCAAACUCUACCUAUCACAUCAUACCUUUUUCCUAAUAAUCUACACAUCACAUCCUACUUUUACCCAUCACAUCAAGGGUAUUUUUGGAAAGUCAACACAAAAUUAUCCCUCCCUUAAUUUCAACUUUAGUCAAAAUGGGUUUUGAUCAUGCAUGUUCGUCAUAUUAUCAACCAGUCUCGCACAGUCAUUCUUGUUCAGCCUCGUUGGUGUUACUGGCAUGGACAGCCCAGGUAUUUGAAUGGGAGGGAGCCUUCCUUCAUGCCUGUGAAGUUGAGGAUCUGGUUCAUGAGCAUGCGAGUCAGAGAGGACAUAGACGAUGAUGUUCUUCUACACCCUCUAGCCAAGAUUCCAGAUACGCUCUACCUGGAGUAUACAUCUGGACAUCAAGAAGAGAACAUGCAAAAAGAAGAAGAGAAAGAUCUGAUGCGGGAGGAGAAGAUCCCAGAAAUUGUUGAUGAAGAACCACUGCUUGCAUGCUCUGACGUGCGGUUUGAAGAGCCAAAAUUCUCAACUCCAAAAUCUAAGAAAACAAAGGCCAAAGGAACUGGAUGUAGAUGGUCUCUGCGCCAGAAUGAAGAAGAACCUGCACCUCCACUGCUGCAGGUUGACUUGAGGCACUUUGAAGGGAGACACCACAAUGACAUGGUGACAAAUGAUGAUCAGAAGGUAGCCCCAGCAUUUCGUAAAUUAGAUUUCUCUCAAACAACAUUCAUCAAGGCUGAAAUAAAGUUGCUGCAAGAACAAAUUGAUAAGCACAAGGAUAUGAUCAAGGAAGCUGAAGUCAAAAAGAAAAAACUUACUAUUAUCCUCUCAUCAUUGGAUGCAACUCAAGAUACAAGUGCACAAGCUAAGGGGGAGAAAUCCAAACAGAGUGUGCAAGAAGAUGAUACAACUCGGGGGGGGNGGAAGGGACAAGCUCAGGAGAAGAGGAAUCUGAUUUUGAGUGUUCAAAGGAGAAUAUCUCCCAUAGAUUCUACAAUGAUAUUAGCUUCAUCCCAGCCAUGUUGAUGCACAUGGAUUCUAAUACCAUUGCUAAGUCAUGUGUGAUCUUGUUUGAUUUGUCUUAACAUAUAGAUUAUUAAUAUAUAAUUUCUAUAAUUUUUUAAUAUACAAAUUACAAGAUAAAAUGGAUUAAAGAAGUGCAUUGGAU